AGAAGAAUAUCGGUAUCACAACAUAUGCCAAUGUUUAGCCGUUGCGUGACGGUGUGAUGAAAAUCAUGGUUGGCAAGUGAUAAAGACUGAUUCCAAGCAGGCUAGGUUUGCUAGCAUGCAUUUGGUUGGUUGCUAUGGACAGUGCAAGGCUACGGAUAUCGACUUCUCGUGUGUCACCUUCCAACCUUAGAGCGACUGCAUGAGGCAUGCGAGCCUGUCGAUACAAAUGUGGUGGCGGCGUAUAUGCCAGCAGGUAGCCCACUGCAUCAUAGUGUAACAUACCAUGGUUUCCGACAUGAGGAGCCUGUUCGAAGACAUUUGCGAGGUCUGAUACUCUUUGAGUUUCCUAGCUAGCUUUUGAAAAUCUGGGCGCUGUGCAGCCCGACCCUAGAUAUUUCUCACUUCCGUAAUCAGAUCUUAAGCAGGAAUCCACGCAAAAGUGAGACUACUUGUGAUCGGCACAUACCGCUAUGGUGCUAAGCGAUAAAGACCUCGCGAUGGUAUCGCAGUCAAACGGCAAUCAAACUCGUUUCCAUCGACGUGCAAGGGACAGCAAGUACUUCUCGCCAGCAGAGAAGUCGGCAUUGGAUAUCGACAAUUUUGACCAUCUCGGUUCCCUCUGGAAUUCAGCCGUAGAUGCACGGAGAGACUAUGACUCUGCUCACGCUCAUGGACAGAAGAGAAUAGCCCAGAAAUCGCGAGACAUCGUAGCUUCGGCUUAUGAGGUGUUUCGCGACAUUGCCCCCAUGUUGGAACUUGUCAUAGAGAUUAGCGCUCCUUACGGAGCUAUCGCUAUUGGCACGAUUUCAUUUUUUCUCAUGGUUGCGAAUAACAGGAACAGUAUGGAAACUCGGAUAAGAGUGACAAUGACCACGAUCAAGGACAACAUGCCAAGUAUUCAACUAUACCAACAGAUAUACAACGAUCGGCAUCAACUCGAUAAGCAACUGCAGACCAAAAUCCUGAUGGCCUACGAGGUUAUGAUGAGAUUCUGUAUGGAAACAACCAACUUCUAUAAGAUGAGCGGAAUGCGGCGUUGGGUCCAAUCGUUGAUGGAGUCGAACGAAUUGACAACCCUAUCGUGCGAUAUGCAGAGCGCCUUCAAUGAAGUCAGACUUCUUGCAGAAGUGUUACUAAGCAAGAACGUGAACCUUCUCAGAAAGGAAAUUUCAGAUUUGAGACGCGAGAAUAAGCGCCUACAGGACUCAGCCGAUUGGAGAAAGCUCGAAAAGAUUCAAGAGAGCUUCGGUCUGGAUAGCUUUUCAGCGGAGCACCACGAAAAGAUGCUGCAACGAUACAAAGAUGAGCUUUCGGUUCAAACUGAGCUGAAUGUACCCUUCCUGGAGAAUCUCCACGAGCCAAAUCAUAAGACUCUUCUAGAGCAUAAUGACUUCAGAAUGUGGCAACAGUCAAGUCAGUCGCAGAUGCUCCUUCUCGUGGGCUACAAUGACAGAUCGCUUUACAAUUCUGCGCACUGCUGGGUUUCACCUCUGACCAUGCACAUCACAAGCAGCACCAUGCGCCCUGAAUGCCUUUAUGCUGUUUACGUCGUCGGACUCCAGGACCAGGAAUCGAUAAAGAGUAUUCUGUGUACGGUAUUUUUGCAGUUGCUAAGACAGCGUUCCUCAGCGCUCCAAGCUGAAAAAAGCUACGCAGAACUGCUUACCACAAUUCAGGAAGAAAAGACAAUGGAUGGCGAUGUUCGUGAAGCAACUGCAGGCUUGGUCAAAAUUGCCCUCCGGGUAAUGAACAUUCUUGGUGAAUCAGAGCCUGUCUGGAUCAUCCUGGAACGAGUUGAUAGGUGUAGAUUCAAGGCAUCGACGAGGCCUUGUGAGCAACUGCUGCAAAUAAUGGUUCAUUUAGUCGAGUCAUCGAAGGCAAACGUACGUGUUCUAGCUACUGUGAAUGGAUACGAUUGGCCAGUUGACCAGCAGGAUGAUGCCUUAGAAAAGAGGGAGCCUGAGCGUGUUGUGACACAUGUGGCAAAACAGAGACAAGUGUUUGUGUGAUGGAGUAGUACAAUGUUAGUGGUGGUCAUGGAUUUUAUAACCUGCUUAGGUUUGUUAAGAGGUUGAUAGAUACAAAAAGAUUCAAUCUCUUACAUAGCUCUGAAUGAAGUAAACAAAAUUCUCGC